AUGGCAAUAGAACCUUGCGCCGAUCCUGACUGUCCAAGAUGCCAUGCAGACACCGCUAUACCGAAUAACCUCUCCCUUGGUGCUGUGUUGUUGGGUCUAACUUUCCUUCCCCCGCUUGAAUCAACAUAUUCUUUUCCUGCUAUUUUCAUAGCGGCUGUACUAUUUGUGCUGAAAGACUACUCUCUUUUCCGACAAGAGCUAUUAUGUGAAGGGAAACAUUAUUGGGCCGUUAUUAUCGCCGCUGUCCCACUUCUCUUUGAACCUACCCUCACGACAAAUCUUCUACCAGCCAAGUUCAUAGAUGGGGAGCAGAAUUGGAUACUCAUUGCCUUUUUAUUUUUGUUGUUCUUUCAAUCGACAGUGAAACAUAGCGCACAUGCAGCCGCUUAUAGCAGUAGUAGUUGCUGGCUAGCUCUACUUUUGGCGCUAGGAACAUAUUAUGGCUCUCCGACACUUAGUUCGAGCUAUAGGCCUGGCAUUGUCGAAUGUAUUAUCAUUCCGGCGGCAUGGCUUGUUGCGUCCUCUUUUAGGGUUACUGAGGCUUUCUCCAGUCCAUAUUUGCAAUGGAUAUUCCUUGGUAUCCUGGCUCUAACAGGGACUAUCUGCGCUACGAUAAAUAUAGCUGGCCCUUUGCGAUAUGGAUAUCGCAAUUACAUAAUCCUCUACGUGAAGCUUCGUCAAAGGAUUCCCUCAUGGUCUCAUUUCCCCCUCUUGUGGCUCGCUUUUCACCCGUGGACCGGGUGGUGGCUUCUUGGGAGUUCUCUCUGCGUAACGUGGCAGUAUGUACGGGAGCAUCAUCGAGAGGUCGCAGCUGAGAUCACCGACAACGCUGAGAAGGCCAAGAUACGUGCCUCGUCGCUUUUGACUUGGGCCAGGGAUGAAGCCGCAGCGGCAGAGAGAUGCGAGCUUCAGGUUCACCACUUGGCAACAAAAUUGAUGCGCGAUGCCCUGUCUUCCCACUAUGUCGGACUUGCAGGCUUCUAUCACGAAGAAGCAGCGAGGCAAUCACCUGAAGGGAAGAUACGCUAUGAUGAAGCGGCUGAGCUUACAUCAAAUUUCGCGAUAAGAGUCACGGAGGAUGCACAGAAAGCUACGGCGGCAGCUAGGGCCGUAAGGGACUCGACUGAUUGCGUUAGUAAACUCACAAUCGAUGCUAAAUCCCUAGCGGCGAUUGGGGAUAUUGAAGCAGCUAAAGCAGUUGUGAGCGAUCUCCAAGUGGCCCUGGAAGGCUGCGAGAAGAGCCAUGGUGAUGCCGUUGUUGCCAGAGAAAGCGCCCAGCGGAUGAUGGCUAAGUUUCACAACAAGAACUUCAAUGCACUUCAAGAGAAUGAAGAUGAAGAGAAUGAAGAUCAAGAAGACGACCCACCUGCACCUCAACCAGAAGAGUCUGAUGAAGCCACUGAUGCGCCUGGAGUAGACUAA